GACCGGAAGGGGCUCUGGUCGUCCCGCCGCCUGGGGUCAACUUCCUACGGGCUGGCACCUGGGCGCAGGCGCUGUCCCAGACACCAACCGGCGGGACCCGGCGCCCUACCCAGGGAGGGGCCUGGCGCCACGGCCCUUGGACCGGGCUGAGGCUGCCGCGAGAUCCCAGGACGGUCCCGGGGGCGGUUCCUUGCGGGCUGGCCCCCGGGGCUCCUCCUCUUUUCGCGGACUCGGUAGCUCUUUGGCCGGGCAAACUAAUCACCGCGGCCCAAUGACGACGAGGCCUGACCCUUCCCUCCCAGGACCCAGAGAGACUACCGAGGGGGAGUCCGAGGCGGCUUCAUUGCUGUCGCCGCCAACGCCGCUGCAGCAACAGCUCCCAGGCUCCACAGAGACGCUAGCUCACCUCGGCUUUUCCCAGCGCCCGGCCCUCCGAGACGACACCUAACCACCACAGCCGCCCGCAUCUCGACUUGGCUGGCGAGGUAUUUUGUACCAAAAGACUUAGGACCCGGGACCAUCGAGGUCGUGGGGACCCAGGAUCCAGGAAACAUGGGAACUGGAGUCCCAGCCUCGGAGCAGACUAGGUGUGCCAAAGGGGAACCACAGAUUUAUUGCCCUGAAAAUGCUGGAGGCACUGAGGCUGGGCAGGUUACAGACUUCGAGAGCUCUGAGGACAAUCGACCCCAAAGUGAGCCAGGCUACAGCAAUCCGGAGGAUUCUGGGCAACUGAUGGCAUCUUAUGAAGGUAAAGCUAAGGGCUACCAGGUGCCUCCCUUUGGCUGGCGCAUCUGCCUAGCUCAUGAAUUUGCAGAGAAGAGGAAACCCUUUAAUGCCAACAACGUGUCUCUAAGCAACCUGAUAAAGCAUCUGGGCAUGGGCUUGCGGUACUUGCAGUGGUGGUACCAGAAGACCCAGGUGGAGAAGAAGACACCUUUCAUUGACCUCAUCAAUUGUGUGCCCCUGAGACAGAUCUAUGGUUGUCCUUUGGGCGGCAUCGGGGGAGGCACUAUCACCCGAGGCUGGAGAGGCCAGUUCUGCCGCUGGCAGCUUGACCCUGGAAUGUACAAGCACCGAACGGUCGUCGCUGACCAGUUCACAGUGUGCUUGCGUCGGGAGGGGAAGACCGUGUACCAGCAAGUCCUGUCCGUGGAGCGCCCAAGUGUCCUGCGCAGCUGGAACUGGGGCCUGUGUGGGUACUUUGCAUUCUACCACGCCCUCUAUCCCCGAGCCUGGACUGUCUAUCAGCUUCCUGGCCAGAAUGUCACCCUCACCUGUCGCCAGAUCACACCCAUCUUGCCCCAUGACUACCAGGACAGCAGCCUGCCUGUAGGAGUCUUUGUGUGGGAUGUGGAAAAUGAAGGGGACGAAGCCCUGGAUGUGUCCAUCAUGUUCUCCAUGCGGAAUGGACUGGGGGUUGGAGAUGAUGCCCCAGGGGGAUUGUGGAAUGAGCCCUUCUGUCUGGAGCGUGAUGGGGAGACCGCACAGGGGCUGCUGCUGCAUCAUCCAACCCUUCCAAAUCCCUACACGAUGGCUGUGGCUGCACGACUCACGGCGGCUACCACGGUAACCCACAUCACAGCCUUUGACCCUGACAGCACUGGGCAGCAGGUGUGGCAAGAUCUACUUCAAGAUGGACAGCUGGACUCCCCUGCUGGCCGAAGCACCCCCUCGCAGAAAGGAGUAGGCAUCGCUGGGGCUGUGUGUGUUACAGGCAAGCUGCCACCUCGAGGCCAGUGCCGCCUGGAAUUCUCACUGGCUUGGGAUAUGCCCAGAAUCAUGUUUGGAGCUAAGGGCCAGGUCUACUACAGGCGGUACACGAGGUUCUUUGGCCGCGAUGGUAAUGCAGCGCCUGCCCUUAGCCACUAUGCCCUGUGCCGAUAUGUGGACUGGGAAGAGAAGAUCUCAGCUUGGCAGAGCCCAAUACUGGACGACAGAUCCUUGCCUGCCUGGUACAAAUCUGCGCUGUUCAAUGAACUAUACUUCCUGGCUGAUGGAGGCACAGUAUGGCUGGAAGUUCCCGAGGACUCCCUACCAGAGGAGCUGGUGGGGAGCAUGUGUCAGCUCCGCCCCAUCCUCCGGGAAUACGGUCGAUUUGGCUACCUGGAAGGCCAGGAAUAUCGCAUGUACAACACAUAUGACGUCCACUUUUACGCUUCCUUUGCCCUCGUCAUGCUCUGGCCCAAACUCGAGCUCAGCCUGCAGUAUGACAUGGCUCUGGCCACACUCAGGGAGGACCUGACACGGCGACAGUACCUGAUGAGUGGGGUAAUGGCACCUGUGAAAAGGAGGAACGUCAUCCCCCAUGAUAUUGGGGACCCAGAUGACGAGCCAUGGCUCCGAGUCAAUGCAUAUGUGGUCCACGAUACCGCGGACUGGAAGGACUUAAACCUGAAGUUUGUGCUGCAGGUUUAUCGAGACUAUUACCUGACGGGGGACCAGGGCUUCCUGAGAGACAUGUGGCCUGUGUGCCUGGCUGUGAUGGAGUCUGAAAUGAAGUUUGACAAGGACCAAGAUGGACUUAUUGAGAAUGGAGGCUAUGCAGACCAGACUUAUGAUGGAUGGAUCACCACAGGCCCCAGUGCUUACUGUGGAGGACUGUGGCUGGCAGCUGUGGCUGUGAUGGUCCAGAUGGCGGGUCUGUGUGGGGCACAGGACGUCCAGGAUAAGUUUUCUUCCAUCCUUAGACGGGGCCAAGAAGCCUAUGAGAGACUGCUGUGGAAUGGCCGCUAUUACAACUAUGACUGCAGCCCUCAGCCUCAGUCCUGUAGCAUCAUGUCUGACCAGUGCGCUGGCCAGUGGUUCCUGAGGGCCAGUGGUCUAGGAGAAGGAGACACCGAGGUAUUUCCUACCCGCCACGUGGUCUGUGCUCUCCAGACUAUCUUCGAGUUCAAUGUCCGGGCCUUUGCAGGAGGAGCCAUGGGGGCUGUGAAUGGGAUGCAGCCCCAUGGUGUCCCUGACAGAUCCAGUGUCCAGUCUGAUGAAGUCUGGGUGGGUGUAGUCUACGGGUUGGCAGCCACCAUGAUCCAGGAGGGCCUGACUUGGGAAGGCUUCCAGACAGCUGAAGGCUGCUACCGAACCGUGUGGGAGCGUCUGGGCCUGGCCUUCCAGACCCCUGAAGCAUACUGCCAGCAGCGGGUGUUCCGCUCGCUGGCCUACAUGCGGCCGCUGAGCAUCUGGGCCAUGCAGCUGGCCCUGCAGCAGCAGCACAGAAAGGCCUCCAAGCCAGUAGCCGAACAGGGCACAGGACUAAGCACAGGACCUAACCCUGGACCAAAGGAAGCCACAACAAACCCAAAGUGAGCCCUCUGAACUGUGGGAGGGAGGCUCUAACAGCCCAGCCUCCAGCCUGGCCUUUCCUCUUCCUCUUCACUGCUCCCCGCCCCCCAGCCUCCUGCAACCCUGAGCCACCAAGACAAUCAUGCCCCUUCCCUUCUCCCCACCCAAUCGUGCCAGUAAAGAGGGGUUGAAGGUGAUCCAAGCAUCAGAAUCACUUAUUUAUUUCUCUCCUCACCCAAUCCCCUCACUGCAUGAAAUGUUUAACGAGGUCGGUUGAUUCCCCCAGGCCCAUUCAUGGGGUGGUAGAUUUACAUGGGUACAAAUAAAAGACCCAGAAAGCCA